CACAGACACAGCAUGGCGGCCGUCUCGUCUCUCUGCUGUCCAUCGCCUCAAACCUUCAUCAUCGUCCUCUUCUUCCUGUCAGGCAGAGAGUUUUCGUCCAUUUCCUGUUUUAAGGUGCCGGAAGGGGGAGUGGCCUCUCUGUCCUGUCAGUACUCGGUGAAACGUUUCGGUCUGAGUCGCGUCUGUUGGGGUCGCGGCUGUGGAACCUUCUGGUGCAGCAACAUCCUGGUGCAGACGGACGAGAACGGCGUCAUCUCUAAGGUGUCGGACCGCUACCGGCUGAUGGGGGACAUCCUGGACGGACAGAUGGACCUGGACAUCGAGAACGUGCGGUGGACUGACAGCGGGCAGUACUGCUGCAGGGUGGACAUCGAUGGGAUCUUCAAUGACGAGAAGGUGAUCAUGAACCUGAGAGUGAUGAAAGCUCCGGUUACAACAUCUCCUCCAACGACGCCGAUGACAGAUCCAGUCACGGACCCGUCAGCCUCCACCGUGAACUGGAAAACUCUGCUCUCGUCUCAGCUGGUCGUCCUGAGGAGGAACUCCACGCUGCUGCAUUCUGACACCGUCACUGUGGAGGACUCUCUACACUCUCUCUCCCUUCAGAUCAAUGUCACCGUCCUCUCUCUCUCUCUCACCGUGUUGUUGAUCUUGGCGUCAGUGUUCCUCUUUCUGGCCUUCAGACGUACGUCCUCUCUUUUCUAUCAACAGUACACUGACUCAUAUCCUGCUGGUUCUCAUGUGAGUCUGUUGAUUGAACUCUUCUCUGCAGGUGGAGUUUACAGCAGAGCGUUAACGAGCAGCUGUUUCUCCUCUGAAGAACCUCCUCACAUCAUUUAUGAGAUCCGCAUGAGACGACCGGUCCAGGAGAACAUCUACACAUUGGACUAGAGACCUGACAAACACAGCAGGACCAUCGACCACUGACCAUCGACCACUGACCAUCGACCACUGACCAUCGACCACAAAUUCUAAUACAACAGACAGAAGGAACGCACAUUAAACCUCACAACAUUUAAAAGUGAAUUAGCUGAACACAUGCAGGCUACACUGUUAGUGACAGGAAGUGUUAGUGACAGGAAGUGUUAGUGACAGGAAGUGUUAGUGACAGGAAGUGCUAGCGACGCUUUGAAUCCACCGCUGGUAGUUGAGUCAUGUGACUGAUAAGAGCCAAUCAGGAAGAGAACGUGGGCGUCGGCAUCAUAGCUGAUAAUGUCUCUGAUUUAUCGGAAAAUUUAAGAGUAGCGUCGACACUAGGUGUAACCAUAGCAACAGUUAAGAGUUUUAAAACUACACUAAAAGUAUCCACACACAGACACACA